AUGUUUCGUCCAAAUCGUAACGACGCAGGAUUGUGCGACAAAAAUGGCAUUGACCUAAAGAAUGUCCCACUUAAAGAGAUAUCUGUUCACGCCGAGAUACACAACCUGGUUGCUGAUGUUACCUGUAAACUCGUCUACAAAAAUGACGCCAAGGAUUUGGUUGAGACACAGUUCGUCUUUCCGAUUGACGCGGACGCCGCUAUUUACCAUUUCGAGGCGGAAAUUUGCAAAAAGCGUAUUGUGGCAAAGUGUCGAGAACGGCUUGAGGCUAAGGAAACGUACCAGGAAGCGGUAGAUGCCGGUCAUACUGCUUUCUACAUGGAGGAAGACGAAUUCAUGGGUGACACCUUUACGAUGAAAGUCGGAAAUAUUCCCCCGACGGAGACGGCAAAUAUAGAACUGCGCUACUUCUGCCAGCUUCAAGCGCAGGACGUUACAGAUGACUCCGGGAACCACACGGUGGCGAUUUUCGCGCUACCUUCUGUCCUCAAUCCACGUUAUACGCCAUCAAGUAUGAAGACGGCCUUUCCGCAGACAAUGUUGUUCCUUACUAUUUACUACAUCCCUUUCAGCGUUGUUCAUAUAAUAAGAAUCGUUCCUUCUGAAAGCGAACGGCAGUUUGGCCCUCCAAGUGCAAUCACAUUCUGCAAUGUGAACGCACCCUACACAUUUUCAUUCUCAGCAAGUCUGGCUACCCAAUGCUCAAUAAUGGGGGUGACUUCUGCGAAGGACGCUUUUGACCUAAAUAAUCGCGGUCACUGUUACGUUAAUGUUCAGAUGACAUUGCAAAGUGAUUUUAAGUUUGACCACGAUCUGGAAAUGGAGAUCGUGUUUGCCGAUCCGUCCAAAUUGAUGAUCACAUACGAGGAAGGUGAUUCAACGGUUGGAAGCGGAAUUCUCAGCCUCGACUGCCUGACUGUGAACUUCUUGCCAACGUUUAAGAAGGGCACUGACGUACGCAAUGAGGUCAUUUUUCUUAUUGACCGCUCCGGAAGCAUGGGUGGGCGUAGAAUAGAACAGGCGAAAGAAUCCCUUCUUCUGUUCCUCAAGUCGUUGCCCACGGAUUGUCGUUUUCAGAUAGUCGGCUUCGGAAGCACAUUCAGCGCACUGUUUGAUGAACCAAAAGACUACACUGAGGCGUCACUGGAAGCGGCUCUGGAAUACCAAAAGAAUAUGGAGGCGGACAUGGGUGGCACUGAAGUAUAUGGAGCUCUGGAGAGCAUUUAUGCAAAGAACAUUACUGGUUCUGGUUGGCAUAGGAAGAUCAUAUUUCUUACAGACGGCGAUAUAACAAACCAGCCAGAGGUCAUUUCACUUGUGCGACGCAAUGUAAGGACUACGCGCCUGUUUGCCAUUGGCCUCGAAGAUGGCGCCAACACAUCCCUUGUUACUGGCGUGGCACGAGCCGGCGGUGGAAAAUCUGCGUUCGUGCGAAAUAAUGAUCGUCUACAGCCUGCUGUCCUGCAAAUACUGCAAUUUGCCCUGCAACCGUUUGCAACUGACGUUAAAUUGACGUGGUCCAUUACCGGGGAUGCUAAAGGGAAGGCCAUGCCUGUGAUAACCAUUCCUGACGAAGUCCCGAACUUAUAUUCGGGCAGUUAUGCAACUGUCGUCGGACUGAUUGAAAAUCUUGGAAUGGGUGGCUCUGGGCCUGUACUGUCACAACAACGUGCAUAUAGGACAGAGCAAGCGGAGGCACCAAAAGACAUUCUGGUAGCCAUUGCUGAGCUGCAGAACUUAACCGGUUUUUGGAAACUUGAGGCCGGAUUGGCUGAACUACUUGACGGCCAACUAGACGAGCUGAAUUCCAAGAAGCCAAAAAAGUUUAAGCUCAAUGCAAUUUUACUCAUUAAGUGCCUCCGAGUGCCUCCGAGUGCCUUCGACUCACUUAGUAAGGGUCAUUUAUAA